AUUGAUGGUAGAGAUCUCAAUGGAGAUCAUUUUCAUUUUUAAAACGCUGCUCCAGACGGACUGAUCCAAACCAGGAAACCCACCUGCAAGUAUCCUCAUCAUCCAUCUGACAUCAAACCUCACCAUGGAGAAGGGGGUUUGUUGCGUUAAAAAGGACUUUUCCUUUCUGAGGAGAUAGGCACCAAAGUUUGCAUCUCUGUGUCGGACGGACUUUUGGGGAGAUGGUUCUGCUCAAGACUGACUGAGCCAAACCUGGAAAAACCAGCUGAUACCGGAAAUAUCAUCUGCAAACCUGCUCACGCCCUUCAACAUAUUGCAAGUUCAGGUAAGGUGCAUUGGGAAUACAGGCUGUGACACCGGAGCCUUUACCUGGGAGAAAGAGCGAGGUGGGGCCGGGGACAUGUUGCACCAGCAUAAGGACAAAGAGAACGGAGGGGCACGGAUGAAGCAGGUUUGAUGCCGAUGCUUGGAUCUGAGCGGUCUCAGUUCUCCCUAACAAGGAUUGCUGCUGCAGCAGAUUCCAGCAGAGAUUUAUCCAGAGAACAUAACAGAAGCCUACAAGUCUUCACAACGUCAUGGCCAUGGAGAUUUUUGAAUCUGGCCUCUCCUGGGAGGUGAGGGCAAACAGCCGCCACUACCACAAACACAAACAGAAGAAAUCCUUUUUGUGCUUCCACUGGGGGCGUUACGCGGACAAUGUGGUGCACAGCUACAAGUACUCCCCUCUGACCUUUCUGCCCUUGACGCUGUUCGAGCAGUUCCAACGAGUGGCCAACCUCUAUUUCCUUCUCAUGUUGGUGAUGCAGUGCAUCCCUGCCAUCUCAUCCGUACCCUGGUACAUCACCAUCAUCCCGCUGGUCACCGUACUCUCUGUGAGAGGUCUCAAAGACCUCGUCAACGACAUGGCAAGGAGACGCAGUGACUUUGAGGUUAACUCUCGACCCUGUGACAUACUCGUCUCCCAGAGUUUUGACUCAGCUCAGUGGAAGGACCUGUGUGUGGGAGAUGUUCUGCGAAUCCACAAAGACCAAGUGAUCCCAGCGGACCUUCUCCUCCUGUGUAGUUCAGAGCCUCACAGUUUGUGUUAUGUGGAGACAGCAGACAUUGACGGAGAGACCAACCUCAAGUACCGGCAGGCGCUCAGUGCCACACACACUCAGCUGACCUCUCAACCCUCAGAUGAAACCCUUGCUGCCUUUGACGGUUUGUUGCUCUGCGAGGAACCCAACAAUAGUCUUUACACCUUCAGAGGAGAGCUGCACUGGCAAGGAGAGUGUCAUCCGCUGGACCACGCCCACGUCCUCCUGAGGGGAACGGUCCUACGCAACACAGCGUUUGCUUAUGGUGUUGCCAUAUACACUGGCGCAGACACUAAGAUCCUGAGGAACUCCGGCAAACAGAGAGUGAAGACGACGCAAGUGGAAAAGGUUUUCAACAGAGUGGUGAUCGGGAUAGUCCUGUCUGUGCUGCUGGUCGCUCUGCUCCAUGCCAUCCUCAGCGGCGUUUUCUCGAGUCAGGUCAUGGGCAACGCUGAUAUUUCGUCCACUGUAGUGGUUAACGCCAAUCCAGUCUACACCGGCUUCCUCACCUUCUGGAGCUACAUCAUCCUGCUCAGCCCAGCCAUGCCCAUAGCCCUCUACAUCUCGUUUGAGCUGAUCCACACGGUCCACAGCCAGUUCAUUGGCUGGGAUAUGGAGAUGUAUUGGCAGCCGGCAGGCAGACCGGCCCAAGCGAGGAACACUUCGCUGAACGAGGAGCUUGGCCAAGUGGGAUACCUCCUGAGUGACAAAACUGGGACCCUAACUCAGAACCGUUUGGUCUUGAGACAGUGCUGCAUAGCAGGGGAGAUCUAUGGUGAUGCAUCAGUCCGAGCAGAGGACGUAGAGCCCAUGGACUUGAGCUGGAAUCCGUUCUCCUGCGGUGGUCUGCACAUGUCGGCUCCCAGCCUGGUGGAGAAGCUCAGAGGACAGCAGUGUCCGCCCAGCAGACAGUUCCUCACGGCACUGUCUUUGUGUCACACUGUCGUGACAGAGUGGAAGGAAGAGGCUCUAUUUUACCAGUCCGCGUCUCCGGAUGAGGAGACUCUUGUUGGUGCAGCCAGGGAGCUGGGCUGGGUCUUCCUGUCUAGGGCAAGAGACUUCAUCAGCGUCUCUGAGCUGGGGGUCACUCGACAAUAUCAGCUGCUUGCACUGUUGGACUUUACGAGCAAGAGGAGACGCAUGUCUGUACUGGUUCGGGAGCCAGAGGGUGGGUUAAAGCUGUACUGUAAAGGGGCGGACAUAGUGAUCCUGGAGAGACUGCACAAGGACUUGCAAUAUCAGGAGAGGACUGAAAGAGCGCUUGAGCUGUUUUCUCAGGCCUGUCUGAGGACUUUGUGUGUUGCGGUUCGAUCCGUUCCUGAGGCGUCAUGGGAGCAGUGGCGUAAAACUCUGGCCCAGUCUGCUGCCAUGGCGACCUGUGACCGUGACGCGCUGCUGGAAAAGCUAUAUGAUCAGAUGGAGAGAGAGCUGCAGCUUCUGGGGGUGACAGCUAUAGAGGAUCGGCUUCAGGAGGGCGUUCCCGAGACUAUUGCUUUGCUUCAACAGGCUGGGCUUAAAGUAUGGGUACUAACUGGGGACAAAAAAGAGACUGCGGUGAAUAUCGGAUAUUCUUGCAAACUACUGGAUCCUGACACCAGAUUACUGGAAUGGCAGGAGCUGAGACAGAUACUCCAGGCCCCAGACCCAGGGGUCAGUUUCUUCAAGGCCAGACAGAUGGAGCUGUGGGCUGUAGACAAGAAGAUGGCCGGGGCGAAGACUGCUGUGGUCCUCACUGGACCUGAGCUGGCAGAGUUUGAUCAGAGACCGGAAUGGGGGUCCACGUUCAUGAGCCUGGCAGAACAUUGUCAGUCGGUACUAUGCUGCCGUGUAACACCUGGACAGAAGGCUGACAUCGUCAAGUUGGUCAGGAAACACACCAGCUCAGUCACCAUGGCCAUCGGGGACGGUGCCAAUGAUGUAAACAUGAUCAAGACGGCUCAUGUUGGUGUGGGAAUGGCAGGAGUGGAGGGAGGUCAAGCAGUGCAGAAUGCAGACUUUGCGUUGUCCCAGUUCAGGUUUCUGCAGAGGCUGCUGCUGAUCCACGGGCGCUGGUCAUACAGGCGCAUUUCCCUCUUCCUGCGCUACUUCCUGUUCAAGACCUGUGGCUUUGCUCUUGUGCACAUAUGGUUUGGGUUCUUCAAUGGCUUCAGUGCCCUGUCUAUGUAUGAGACAUGGUUCAUCGCUCUCUACACAGUCCUCUAUUCUUCAUUCCCAGUUAUGUGUUUGGGCUUCUUUGAAAAGGAUGUAAGUGCAGAAAGCAGCCUGAGUUGGCCGGAGCUGUACAAGUCUGGACAAAGACAGGAGCUCUCCAGCCCUCUCAUACUGGCCUUGUCCCUUCUGUAUGCCGUCUACUCCUCGCUUGUUCUCUUCUUCAUACCGUUUGGAGUUUUCUACGACACAGCCUUGGACUACCAGACCAUGGCAUUCACUGUCGCCAUGGCAGCCACGUUUACUGCCACAAUUGAGAUUAUGCUGCUGACCAGAAACUGGACGAAGAUCAAUAUCGCUGCCGUGUGUGUCUCUGUGGUGCUGUUCUUCAUUGGCACCGGCAUCACCCACAGCACCGUCCUUUUUAAGAAAGCACCCGCAGAUUACAUCUUCAUUGGCGUGCUGGCAAAGGCCUUCGUCGAUCCAGUUGUGUGGCUCACCGCUCUGCUCACUGCCUGGACAGCCGUUUUGCCAUCAUUUACAGCUCAUGCAGUCAAUAUCACCCUCACCGUCCAUGACAAACAGAAGGUCCACAGCAUCUCCCCUCAGCCGGUGGAGCUGAAGUCAACGUUCAGAAGAGGGACGUCUCUCCGCCGUUCCCCUAAUGCCCUCUUCUAGGGAGCCGGGCCUGGACACCUCCUCACGUCCGGGACCUGCAUCCACAGCAGGAUCAGAAGGUGACUGCAACUAAUAACCUCCCCAUCCCCUUACUCACAAGGCCAAAUUCAUAUGAAGGACAAUAAUAACGCCCUGACUGGCACAUAAAUAAUGAAUGAGUUUUUAAUGGGAAAAUAUGUGAAUAUAUAGAUUGUUUCUGCAACAUAGAAUUGAAAAGAUGACUUGCCAUACGUUCUGUAUUUUUUUGUUUUUUUUGUGGGCAAUUCUUUGUGGAGCUAGAAGUCUUUUUUACGGUUUUCCAAUAAGGUAAAUACUGUAAACAAAAUACAUUAUGUACCACAACUCUUGUUUAUUACUUUUACAUAUUGACAGUAUGUACACACAUUUUACCUCUGCAUGAAUAUCUUUCCUCUUUGAUGUCUAAGACAAUUGUGGUAAAUCUGCUGGGAUCAAUUUAAAGAUCAAAACAAACACAA